AUGAAUGCCGGCCGCGACGAGCUGGCCGAGAGCAUGGGAGAAUGGGAUAUUGUCGACUGUGCGGUUGAGGUCAGUGACGACGACCGUGAGCACGUCGACAAGGUUGUCGAGGAAGAGCGGAGGACGUCUGUCGCGAGCACCUCCGAGUUCGAAAACUUCGCAGGCACCAGAGCGAGCAAAGGAGACGCGUCCGCCGCGUUUGGUAAAUCCACCGUGGUAGCACCUAAGAACUUACGCCAGCCCCACACCCCCUUCCAGAUCACAAGCCGAAAGUCACAAAAUGCGGUCGAACUCGCCCCAGAUCUUUGCAUCUCCUUGCCAGAGGGCCCUACCGCUCCUCGCUUGCCCCAGUCUCCCGCACGUCAACAGCACUAUUAUGUCUCCCCACAUCGACUUCUGCCCUACGUCCGACGGCAUGCUCACAACGGCAGAAACUCUGCCAUAUACCCCCCGAACGACUCCGUUGCAUCCAAUGGACAUGCCUCUUCUUCAACAGAUAGGAAGCCUGGCCUUUCGGACCGCCUCGUCGAUGCGUACGACGAACUCCAAGCCUACAGGGAAGGCAAUCCAGUGAUUGUCGACGGUCAUACCCUCAGCAUUGCCGCAGUAGCAGCCGCUGCUCGUUAUGGAGCUGCCGUGGCUCUCGGCGACAGGCCUGAGACACGCGAGCGUGUCGCGCGGAGCAGACGCGUGAUCGUGGACAAGGUCAACGCUCAGCGCAAGCGUAUACGGACUCAUCUGAAAACCGUCUACACAGCCGAUACUCGUUCGAACAACCCUCUCCUGCUCGGCCAAGCCCUCCUCCAGCACCAGCAAGCCGGUGCACUGCUAUCGCAAACAGAGGCUCCGCUCCAGGUGCUUCCCCUGGGCGAUCCCCUCGCUAUGACCAGUAUGCCAGAGGCUCGGGUCCGCGGUGCUAUCGUUAUCCGAAUGAACUCGCUCAUAUGCGGUCACUCUGGCAUCCGCUGGGAGUUGAUCGAGAAGUUGGGCGAACUUUUGCGAGAGAGCAUCACACCUCUCGUUCCUCUUCGUGGCAGCAUCUCAGCUUCCGGAGAGCACCUCGGUAUUUUGAAUGGCACUGCGUUCUCUACGUCCAUCGGUGCGCUUGCACUUAAUGAGGUCGUACACCUGUCGCUGCUCGCGCAGGUCUGUACAACGAUGAGCACCGAGUCCAUGACUGGCGCCGUCGCAUUCUUUAAUUCUUUCAUCCAUGUCGCUGCCCGCCCACACCCUGGCCAGAUCGAAGUCGCACGCAACAUUAGGAUACUCCUUGGGGACUCUCAGAUGGCACUGAAGUAUCAGAACGAGGCCCACAUUACUGAGGAUGAAGGCGAGCUUCGUCAGGACCGAUACCCGCUUCGUACUUCGGCGCAGUUCCUUGGCCCGCAAAUCGAGGAUAUCCUGUCUGCACUCAAUGCGGCUACGGUGGAGUGCAGCUCGACUACCGACAACCCUCUGGUCGAUGGCGAAACUGGAGCUGUGCACCACGGUGGGAAUUUCCGGGCCAUGGCUGUCACCAGUGCGAUGGAGAAGACUCGGCUGGCUAUUUACCAUAUUGGAAAGUUGCUGUUCUCACAGUGCACGGAGCUCAUCAACCCGGCAAUGAACCGCAGACUGCCACCCAACUUGGCCUCGACCGAUCCGUCACACAACUACUUUACCAAGGGUGUCGACAUUCACACCGCCGCCUACGUCAGUGAACUCGGCUACCUGGCGACCCCGGCGUCGACGCACAUCCAGUCUGCGGAGAUGCACAAUCAGGCAGUCAACUCGCUUGCGCUGAUCUCGGCUCGGUACACGAUCACUGCGAUUGACGUGCUCUCGCUGCUGACAGCGAGCUACCUGCUUGUGCUGUGCCAGGCCCUUGACCUGCGCUCGAUGCAUCACGACCUUCAGUUCUCGUUGUCAGCCAUCGUGCGCGAGCUUGUGCCGAAGAAUUUCCCGUCUGUGGCCAGGCAUGCGGACGUUCUCAUGGCGAUCCUCGAGCGCGUCGUCUUCCGCGCUCUCGACACUACGAGCACUGCGGACUGCAAGGCGCGCAUGUACUGCGUCGCUGCGUCGACAACGACGUCGCUGGUCGACUUCCUCUCCGCGGACCUCACCUUUGGCGCCAACCUCGGGCAUAUCACUGGCUUCCGUGCGGAGUUCGCGGAGCGCGCUGCGGGGACGCUGAUGGCGCUGCGUAUGCAGUACCUCGAGGGUGCGCGCAGCUCCGCACCCGCAAGCAGGCACCUCGGCAAGACACGAGCGGUGUACGAGUUCGUGCGGGUCACGCUUGGAGUGCGCGUGCACGGCGCGGAGAACCUACGUGGCUUCGAGAUGGGCCCUGGCGUCGAGGAUGGCACGGUCGGUGGCUACAUCUCGGUCAUCUACGAGGCCAUCCGGGACGGCAAGAUGCAAGGUGUCAUCAUACAGCUCGUCAGGCCGCCCAAGGCGGGUGAGGCGCCGAGGGCCUGAUAUUCUUGGGACUUAGACUUAUUUCUUCUUCUUGGAUAAUGUAGAUAUAGAAAGUGUAGUGUAUGGCAGCAAUACCAUGCCUGAGAUCAUGAACUUGAAGAAGGGCCUGCCUCGCGCGCGCUCCGAACUCGCGUCUCAUAAUGCAUCUUCCCUGU